UUUUACACCGUCAUCACCUAUUGCGUUUUUCCCGGACUGACCGUUCUUCAGUUUCCGUUAUCGGAGUAUCGGACCCGACAAAUAAUUUGAAUGCCAGGGGCAGGCCGUAUACCUACAGAUUAUCAGGUUGGUGGUCAUAAGCUAUGGCAGAUGGCAUGCAAAGACUUCUAUUGCAUCGUAAGCAUGAUAAAAGUGGCAGAUGUAGCAAGGCCCUCAGCUUGCCACAAGACACAAAUGGAUGUAUGUACUUUACGGUUACCUUACCACUUCAAACCUUGGUGGGGAUGACGCACGGGGUGAUCUCAUGAAUAUAUGCUGUGUUAAUUGUUCAGUUAGUCGCCAUUCAGCUUUCAAAAAGUCCGCGAAAUCAAUCGAAAGGCACAAAAAUCGUAGCUAUGCUUUUCCCUUUGCCAUCCGCUAUGCUUUAGAUUGCAGGAAAGGUGAUUUUGCUACUUUUUCCCUAUACAGUUUGGUAGCGCUUUCUUUGACUGCUACCAGAUGGGAUGGUAAUUGACGCAUAGGUUACGAUUGUGGUGUUCUAAUUGUGCUUUGUACAAAAAAAAACUAAGAUUAGUCCAAUCAAUGAACAGUGUUUCGCGCAACGUUUUCCAAAAGCAGUGUUUCUGGUAGGUGAAAGAACAUUAUGAGUCAUGCUCCGUGCUUCGUGGAUCGCCCGCACAUUACGUGUAUUGGGAUGUGAUUAGUGUUUGGCUAUACGUUCCACAAAACUUUGUUUUCCAUCUCAGUCAACGUAGAAAAUAGUGAUAAGGUAUUCUACAACGCUUUGGCGUUUCAUUUCCUACGAUAGAGCUAUCUCAAUCUCAGCAAGAAAACUUUACCAGAUUUCUGAAGCAUCAAGUAUUGGUGUUCUGAAGAUGAGGUCAUUGCACAUACUGCUCAGUAGGCUGGUCAGAACACAUGGCGCUCUUCAGCCGCCAUCUUUCUGUACCAGACACCCGUCCCUUGUACGAGCUCUGCAUGACUUUGGUGACCCAGACACAUUCGGUGACUUGAAAAAGCCUCUGGAGAAACCAAGGCAGAAGGAUUCUGUUGAAGACUCAGAACCGAGCUUUGGAGCUGACUUACACGAUAAAGAUAAUGAUGGCAAACACAGCCUACGUAAUGCAAAGGGAAGCCAGCAUAGGCACAAAGCUGUUCCUCAAAGAAUACAGGAUGACAUGGAAGUUCUGAAAUGGAACUCAGCUCACACAGGUCACCAUCAGUCCCUUGCCAGAUCAGAGCGCAAUAAUCUCUCCUCCGCUGCUCGGGAGACUUGGCCCAGUACAGACAUCCACUCAUCCCGAGGACGGGAUACUCGUGGGGAAGCGCAGGAUGCCCGUCGGUUAGAACGCCAAUCUGAUCUUCCCUCUGGCCCCCAAACGAACCCAGCCAUACCAUCCGCUGAUGGCGAUGACGUCUCAGCUGCCAGUGGUGGCAUCAUCGACUGGGAGCUGGAGCCCGAUGACGCCGAUGACGUGGCCGCAGACCGGCUGCGUCAGGUGGUGUCACAGGUGCCCCAGCUGGGGAUAUCGUGUCACGCCUACGGCAGGAAGCUGAAACGCAUGGUCAAAAAUGGGAAGCUUCGGGAGGCGUUGGAGCUGUUCAACAACCAGAUGCUGCUGGUGGAUAAGCUGCAGCCCGACGCCUAUUGCUACAACAUCCUCAUCUCGGGAUGUGCUCAGGCAGGCUACGCCAAGAUGGCAUUCAAGCUGUACAGAGACAUGCGACGGCGCCAUCUGAAGCCAAAGCACGUGACGUACACUGCCCUGCUGAACGCCUGUGCUAACGGGCCAUCGCCAGCUGACGGUCUGCGCAGGAUCGAACAGCUGACCACCGCCAUGGCGGACCGGGGAUAUGCGAUGAACCCCAUCAACUAUCAGGCACUUAUCAAAGCCUACGGCCGCUGCGGGGAGCUCCAGCGUGCGUUUGAGACCGCCGACGAGCUGCUGCGACUGGGUCACCCCCUGACCGCCGAGCUGGCCAGUUUUCUGCUGCAGGCGUGCAUCUCAGACACCGGAGAGGGCUUCAGACAUGCCCUGCUGGUAUGGCAUAAAGUACGCUCCAAGCACGUACCGCCCUCUAUCUACCUCUACAACCUUAUGCUGCGAGCGGCGCUGGACUGCGGCGCUGGCGACAUUGCCACCUUUGAGCAGGCGAUGAAACUAAUAGUGUCGAGCUCGCCGCCGGAGGGUGCUGCGGUCGCUGCUGUGACUGCAGGAGCGAAAUCAGCAUCGGGCUCUAAUCGUGCCAACCCUGGGAGCUCGAAUCUCGGAGAUGAAAAUCGGACAAUGAAUGCUAGACCGAAGAGCAGUACAAAGUUGUCAGAUUCAACCCAGUCUUCUCCACAACAGGAACAACAUCAACAGCAGAAACAGGACACACAGGUCGUACACGUGACAGAAUGUCUGCGCUCGGCCGGCGCCCUGGAGAAGAUCGGACCGCUGGCCGCGGACCUACCUGACCUGCUGGGACCGAGACCUCACCGAGGGGGGUUGGUGGAGCUACGGCAUCUGGACACCGCGCCCGCCAGACUAGCUGUCCUGGGCGGCUGGACGGGGCUGCUUCAGACCAUGGCUGCCGACGGUGUCCAGCCCGACAUCAGGACCUUCUCGCUCCUGCUGAACACGAUGCCGAACGACUCCGGCCAGCAGGAGAGCCUGUUGAAGACGAUGGACGCCCUAGGCGUCCAGCCUGACGUCGGCUUCUUCAACCAGCUCAUCAAGAAGCGGGCCUCCUACCGGGAUACUGCCGGCGCUAAGGCCGCCUUCGGUGAGUUGGAGCGCCGUCAGCUCACCCCCGACGUCGCCUCGUUCGGGUGUCUGGCCAUGUCUGUCUCCUCACAACGGGGGCUCCAGGAGUUCAUGGAGAAACUGGAGGCGGCCAACGUACGGCCCAACGUGGAGAUUCUGACCACCCUUCUGAACGGCUCGGCCCGCGCGGCCGACCCACACCGCACUUUGGCCGUCAUGGAGGCGUUUGUGACGCACCAAGUGCGUCCCGACCGCCGCGCCCUGCAGAGGCUAGAGGAGCUCAGGUUGAGGCUACAGGAGCUCCUCGUUGAGAGGGAGCGCGGUGGUCCGGUACCGUCGGCCGCUCGUCGGCGCUCCUUCCCCGAGUGGGUACAAAAGUUCCGACUGCGGUACGCCGGCUGGCUGGCAGAGACGGAGAUGGAGCCGGAACUGCCUCAGAGCAGCCAGUACCGGCCUCGAUCUCUGAUAGAAACGGUAGAGGACGGGAAACGGGUCACUGCUGGAGGGACUUGAACAGGAUUGCAUUGACUUGCAUUGCAAGAGAACUUCAAUCUGCGGUCUCCGUAGUCUGCGAGACCUGAAUGACCAUAGUAUGUGGCGAGCUGGCAGACCGUAGUAUUCAGAAUUCACUACCACGGUGAACAAAACGUCCUGAAGACCACGUUUUGCAUUGCCUGAAGGGUCAUGGUCUACGAUAGACUGGACUUUUAGACCUCACAGAUCACGGCCAGUGGCUGCUACUCUCGUUGGUCAUAUUUCGCGUUGUAUUAUUGUUUGAUGCUCGGGCAGAUGCCGUAUUACUUACGCAGUAACGGCAUUGUCAACUGAGUACUGUACGCUGUGAUAAUCAUUAUAUUGUGGUCGUUGUUUUGUGAAUGUUGUGCGAUGUUUUUGAAGUUUAUUGAAAUGAACUGAAGGAAACUGUGAAUUGAGAAAGAGUUUGGACACAUUUUUGACGUACGAUGAAAUCAACCGAAAAAUAGAAAAAAAACCUGUCUGCCGAAAACCAGACAAAUGUUUUCAGCCUGAGCUUGCACGGAUCAGAUACUGUGGUCCGUGCUCUCGUUCCCAACCCUGAUGCCGCCUCCCUUCAUUGACCUGAUCGGUGUCUGAUCCUCUCUGUCCUCUCUUCUGUUCCGCUCUCCGCAGGGUUCUCUCCGAGUACGAGUGAGCUACCCUACCCUCUCCUCAUCAAACCAAGGAAACCGGCAGACACCAAGGACGUUCCAACGUAGCUGGAUGGUGGAGACUGGUGCUCACCCCAAGGAAGGUCGAUACUUUGGUAAGAGCUCAGCGCACCAGGCUGUCGAAUUGCUGCUUAGCCGCUUUCGCAGACCGCCUGCUUCUUACUGAGUUGGAGUUGAAUCAAAGCCAAAGUAGAGCCAAGCUGCCAAAAAAAA